AUGUUCGUGUUAAGAUUGAGUAAGCAAGUGCAUCAAAAGAAGAAGAAGGGGAGCUCAUCAAAAGGAAAGAAACUCAAAAGAAAAACUCCUGCUGAACCUUCUUCUCUUACAUCUUCUGAGGAGACAAUAUCUGUGUCUGGGUCUCCAAGACCAAUCCAAUCACCACCCCCCAAAACAACUAAUUUAAGACGAUCACCAUCACCCCGAACACCAUCACCUCAAAGACCAUCAUCACCAAUUCAUCAAUCUUCACCACUUCCUUCAAUUACAACACCUGAACAACCAACUAUACCACAAUCUGUUUCAACCAUACCUUCAUCAUCCUUUAUCCGAUCUCCUCAACCGACAUAUACUCAAGGCCGAAAGAAAUCGAUUCUAGUAAACAUUCGAAAAACCUUUAAGAAAUUUCGCUUUGAGUAUAAUCGAUUUCAAGAAAUUGAACAAGAAAAUGUGUUUACUCCUGAUGAUGAUGCAUCUGAUGAUGAUGCAAAUUAG